UUUUAGUAUAUAGGCCAAAGUAUACUUCGGUAAAUUCCGGUAUUUUCCGUUAGAAAAAUGGCAAAAUUGACAAGACAGACACUGACAGCUGUCGGGGGAGAAACUUGGUGUGUUUGCACAUGUUAUAUAGAUUGAGCAAUGUUAACUAAUGUGAAGGAAUAUGGGUAAUCAGCAGAGUAUAGGGGGUAACUUUUUACCCUCAAACUGCGUACAGGGCCGCAGACGCAGCCUUGCCUCACAGCAAGUUGGGCGGUACAGAUUACUUAGUCUUGGGGACUCUGAGACAGGUAGUAUGGGCAGUAAUGCUGACAGUACUGGCAACACUGAUGAUGAUGCUGGUUCACUUAAUUCAGAAGAAGAAAGUGCUUAUGAAGAAUGGUUAAAUGGAUCUGCUGAGAUAGAAAAUGCAAUACUUAAUGAUGAGAAUGAACAACUGAAAAAGUUGUGCGAAGAAAAGAAAAUAGAUAUAAAUAUUCAGCUGAAUGAAAAAGGUGAAACUGCAUUGAUUCUUGCUGUAAAACUUAGCAAAAUUGAGAUGGUUAAGAUGCUGCUGGUUACAGCAGAGUGUGACAAGAACAGUCUUAAUGCUCACAAUUUCUCACCUUUGGAUGUGGCCCUUGUUACAGCAUUUGAUAACAGAUUAGAACCUCGCCAAACAAUUUGCUGGCAAAUUAUAGAGUGCCUUUUACAAGUUGGUGCUGAGCCAAACAGUAAAGACGCUAUGAUGUAUAUAAUUAGAACAGCAUUAAAAUUUUGUGACGAGGAAUUCAUCUAUAGAUUAAUCUUGUUAGCAAAGGAAUUUUCAGUAUCUACGAUCCUUCAUGAACUUCUACUUCAAAAGCUGCAUAGAUACCAACCUGUUUACAUAGAGAGUUUAGACCCGUUCUUUAUCUGUGCAUCUGAAUAUACGAUUAAACUGCUGAAAAUUGCAAACGGUGUUAGACUUUGUGACAUCGUCAACUCUAUGAUAUAUUACCUGGAUUCUUACUGGCAUUGUCGAACAAACAAGGUAACAACAUUUCAGAAACUCAUUCUGUAUGCUUCUGCAGCCGGCUGGGAUUGGACGGAGACACAGAUGGUUUACAUAAAUCGUGUGUGUCCAUUCAUACUCGGGACUUGGUGCAAAAAUCAGCGCAAAUAUCCAAUAUCUUUAAGUCACCUUGCGCGUAAAACAUUCAGGAAACAUGUUCAGAAUGCUGUUCCGGACAGUAUUGCAGAACUGCCUUAUCCAAUUCCAGUAGCUUUGAAAGAUUACAUUAUGUUAAAAGAUGUGGAUGAACUUUUGCAAGAAGAUGAUUUGAAAUUAGCAGAAGUACAGUUAUAGCCUGCUUUAUAUUGCUUGGGUGCUUUAUAUGCUCAAAUUCAAAACAUUCACUCUGGAAUUAUAUUUGCAGUGUUAUGAUUUAAGUUAAAGCUAAGUAUAACCUACGCACAUAAUUACAGUGAGCAAUCUGUGGAAUUACAUGGUAGAAUGUUAUCAUUUAAUAAUGACUGUAGAGCUGUCAUUGAUUCAGUGCAAAGCAUAUCAACGAUAUAUCGAUAUCAAGUGACUAAAAUCAACGAUACACCGAUAUAUCGAUAAUAUCCUAUACUCACUUGUCUGUCAUUCACUUUCAUACCUGUUUCAAUGAUUUCAGUCAAAAACAUGUUCUGUACAGUGCUUGUCCACUGCAUGAUUUUUUCCAGACAAUAUUUUUUGUCACCAUUGCUAUGAAAUAAUUCCACUAUAUAACAAAAGCAUAACAUUAGAUAUAAUUUACUGCUUCUGUAUAUAUUUUGGGUGAAUUUUAGAAUUUCUAGACAUUUAAUAUAUUAGUCAAAAGUAUCGAUUUUUUAAAAUGUGUAUCGAUUAUUGAUCGGCAAAAAAAUAUCAACGAUACAUCGAUAUUGUCGAUAUCGAUGACAGCUCUAAAUGACUGCUUUUUCUAAAGUAAUUGGCUUCUUAACCUUUAAGCUUAAUUUCUUAAAUGGACUAGUCCAUCUUACAUAUUUGGAACCGGUCAUUGAAAUUCAUGUCAGCCUGACAGUAAAACACUUGAAAGUUAAAAUACAAGACUAGUUGAAAUUAAUUAAUCACCUAAGGUAGUCACAUUAGUGGUGCAAUUGAGUUUUCGUGUUCAGUAUUCUGACAUAAAUGUUGUUUUUUUGUCAGUUUGUUUUCAUGAGCAUGUUAAAGUCUCAAAGAUAAAUUAAGGUAAAUUUUAAUGAUAAGGAAUAUAGAUAUUCUGAGUGCAUGUUUGUGUAUCAUGGUUAAUUUUUAAUAUCAUUAUGUACCAGUCAAUUUAAGUUCCUGCCUCCACCCCAUCUUGGACUGAAAAGACAGAUAUAUACUUUUGGAUUAAUCAAACCUUUAGUGAAGGCCACAACUCUGCAAGUUAAAAAUACUUCCCCACUAUUUUGGUGCCAUUCACCACAUUGACCAGGUAGUAUAAGGACAGAGCAGUGGAGAAAAAUCAGCUCAUUUCCCUGAUUUUCUUCCUGACUACCCAGGGGACAGGGAUGGAUCUGGGUUAAAUUGUCUGAUGUAUUUCUGUAUAAUAAACCAUUAUUUUGGUAAAAAGAAACAUUGUUAAGUUUUCCCCUUUCAAUAGCUUCUAUUUAUUGUAGUUUUAUAGACCCUUUCAUUUAAGCGAUAACAGUCAGUGAAGAGUUACUUCCCUUACCGGAUGUGACGUAAAUGGGGGAUAAAACUAUGCGUGCCACAUAGAAAGUUAGUUAUUGAAAAGUUAAAUGCGUAAAUACUGAUCGUUCAAUUAUGAUUAUGAUUAUAACAUGUAAAAAUUUACGAAUGCAUGCAUAAAUUCAAUAUCAAGACAAUAGAAAAAAAUUCAAAAACAAAGAUUGAGAUUGAUUCUCGCUAAGGAGUGAAGCAGCGAAACUUCAAAGUGAAUAUAUUUAUCAGAUCUAGAUUUUUCUCUAAUGCCAGGAUAAAAAGCUAGUAACUAAAUCAAAUUUUAAUAUUUUAUAAACACCCAUACACACUGAAAUUACCUAUUAUAAAUUCAAAUGGCCAUUUUCUAGUUUUCUGUGUUAUUUUCUGUCAUUUAGAAAAUUCCGGCGUAUUUGUGACAAACCUGAAAAUUAGAUUGCCAAUGUCUUUUAAUGAUUGUUUUUCAAGCUUUAAUAGAACAACAACAGAAUGCAUUCUGUCAAUACUUACUGAAUUCGUUUUCAUUAUGCCGUAUAAAAAAAAUUUCAAAGAACCAGUGAAGGAUAUAAUUUUAUAAAUAUUCCGGAAAGAACGAAAACCAUGUGGCUUUGACUUCUAUAAUUUUAGUAGCAACAGACGAUAAUAAGAUAAUUUUGAUAUUAAAAAUCUAUUCUUAUGGUUAUAAAAAUAAAGACCUUUUCUCAUAGAUAAAGAGUUGUGUAUAAUUAUAUAAGCGCCACUGGGCCGUAUCAUAUUAAUUAACAGGGUGCAUUAUGUUGUAUUUACAAGCGGCACUUGGCUGUGAUAUCAUAAAUCACCAGGGUGCAUUUUUUAGAGUUAUAACAUUACAUCAGAUUACGUCACUUUUGUUAGUUGUCAAAAUAUUCAUGGUCCGAAUUUUGUUAUGGAUCAUCCUAGGGACUUUAUUGGUCAUGCCUUACUGAUAUGAUACUCGAUCCAGAGUCCUACCAACUGGCACAGUCAAAAAUACGUAAAAUUAUAAUCCAGUUAAUAACGAAUUUCUGUGAACGUGUUUCACAACUUGUUUUUUUUUGUUUUUUUUUUGUGAUUUUGUUUUUAAAUAUUUGAUAAGCAGAGUAUGAAUUAAAAAGUAUCAAGUUGAAAAUAUUACUUUACCAGCUUAAAUAUAUUGGUGUGAUGUACGAUUUUUUGAGAGUGCAUUUUGUGCCGACACAAAUAGUAGUCAUGUACAUUCAAAAGAAUUUUUACUUUUUAUGCCUUUACAUUUUUUUUGAAAUUACAUAGAUUUAUAAUGUUGUUUUUCUUUGUCUUAGUAACGUUUAAAUCAAAAUGAUUUUUAAUAAACCAGUAUCUUGCAAUUAAUUAUUACGCAGCCGUUUUUCGAAACUACAGAAUCCUUACAAUUUUGAAACUCAAAAUAUAUUUUGGGCAUUGUAUAUUAGCAGAGACAAAGAUACAUUAUCUAUAUCUCUGGUAUAAGCAAGUAAGCACGAUUUAACUGCCUGGUAAAAUUUUCAU